AUAAAAAAAAAAAAAAAGAAACAUGCAGCACGGAAAAAUAAACACGGAAAAAGAAACAAGAAAAUGAUAUAAGAUGUGUUUCAGGACGUGGUUAACAUGUACUUGUAUGCUGCUUUUGUGUUUUGCCAGCAUUAAAGCCAUAAAGGUCAUUGGUCGGGAUGUGACUGUAACAGCAGGAGAUGAUGCGCAGUUAUUCUGUGAAGCGAUCGAGGCAACAGAGCCUCUAACAACUAUUAGGUGGCAAAGACGAACAAAGAAAAAGCCAACAAAUACAGAUUUUCUGGUUAUCACUUCCAGUGGCAAAGAAGAACAUAUUAACGGACUGAGGGACCGAGUAAAAUUUGCAGGGAACUUAGCAGUACUGGACGGCUCAAUUCUUCUAAGUAAUGUUACUCUUUUAGAUGAAGGAAUCUACACCUGCAUCUUCAGCGUAUUUCCAAGUGGACCAUAUAAAACAGAAAUUCGUCUCAGAGUACAAGUUCCUCCUGUUGUCACUGUGGGCACUGAUGUUCCUGCUGUUGCUGGAGACACUGAAGGGAUUUUAGCGACCUGCACUGCAGCCAAUGCAAAGCCUGCAGCAGAAGUGUCGUGGAGUCUGGGUGCUUUAAACAACACAGUGAAAGUACAAAAUACUGUCACUGUGGACUCUGAAGAUAGAUACACUGUUAAAAGCAACCUGAUUGGAACUGCAUCUAAAGAUCUAAACCAGAAGAAGGUUCAGUGUGUAGUCACACACCCUGGCCUAAAGCAGAAACUGGAACUGAAGUACACACUGGAUAUUCACUAUCCUCCCCAGGUGGUUUAUAUUAGUUUAGCAGGUGAUAAAGGGGAAACCUGUGAAUUUCUAUGUGACACAGACGCUAAUCCAAAACCUACAAACUUUACCUGGGGCAGAUAUUUUCCAGUGAACGAGACUCUUUCCAGUGGUGUUAAUGGUUUGACUGUUCAGCUGACCCCUGGCAAUAACGGACUUUACUAUUGUUUGGCGUCUAACCAAUACGGGGAAGCUGUUGGUUCCCUCUAUUUGCAUGUUAAAACAUCUACAGAAUCCAAAACCUGUUGGACUCUGUUCAUCCUGACCCCCGUUGCUGGGGUUUGCUGUUUUCUCUUUUGGAAAUUUGAAUUGUUUCAGCGUGUCAAUAAAAUACUGCGGCGUGAUAUCGGUCAACCUGCGCCCAAUGAAUCUUCAGACCACGAAGAGGAGCAUUGAUACAUGAACCUAACCUCUCUACCGGGACCAUACCUUGUCGUGGUGGAGGGGCUUAUGCUUCUUCAACUGAGGAGAAAACCAAAUGGUCCCACAGGAUUUGUAACAUAAAGGUCCAGUUUAUAAGAUUUGUUGACUGGUCUGCUGUCAUGACCAUGAUCCUUCAACAGGACUACAAGCAGGUCUAAAAAAUUCCUGUAGCGAGAGGAAGACACCAAGGCAUCUGAAACAAGACGACAUCACAAACAUAACUUUUUUUAACAUUUCCUCAAGAGAUUACAACUGGAUGCUUAUUACAGAACCUUACAGUAUUUCAUCUCAUCCUACUAUAGAACUGGGUGAAGCCAAUUCUAGCAGAUGGGUGACUCUCUACAGACCAUCUAAAGUAGAUAAAGCUAACAUCAAGGAGAGUUCUGGUAAGUUUAGACCGAUUUGAGAUCACAUCAGCUAGUCCCUUUUCACAGGGAAUCCAUCCAACAGGUACAUUAACAAAUUAAAUACAGUACUGGGUAAAUUUAAAUAACUAAAGGUCUAUACACAGAAGUCUGAUUAAAAUCUAACAGGAUGUCUGCCAUCACACAGAAAUUUACUGUUUGUUUAGGUCACUUUCCAUUUAAAACUGUUUACAGAAAGGAAACUGGGCAAUAGAAUCACUGGAUUUCCUCUAGUUUUGCAUGCAAGUGUCCCCGAUUCCCUACAGUGCGACCCUACAAUCGCUCCAUAAACUUGGUCAACCUACACAUGCUAGUUAUUUGUGGUAAAAUUUUGACAGCUGUGUCCUUAAUAUUAUUAUACUUAUUAUUUAUGUUAUUUAUUACACACAAACACACACAGAUGCAUACAGACCUUUUCAGAGUUGUAGAUAGUGUUGAGUUGAGGUUUCCAAUUGUGUAUUAUAUGUAUGGCUGUCUUGACAUUACAUUGUAGGAAGCAGUAUUAUAAACAUUUUGUUUGUUUGUAGGUGCUUUUGGGUCAAAAGUUUUGGCCUUGUGAUUAUCCAUUUUUUCCCUGUAAUCAGCCCUUUGUUGAUAAGCAGUUGGAAGGGAUUUUGUCUUUGUUGUUGUAUUUGUAUAGUAAACAAGUUUGGGAGGGUUUUCUUGGGUAGUUUGAGUAAGAAAACCUCAUGGUUUAUAUUUAAAAUAGCAUUCCUGUUCUAGUUGUUGCAUGUGUUUGCUAGAUUUGGAUAAGAACUAAAUUCCUGAUCUUUGGCCCAUGUGCUAUUUUCGUUUCGAUUCCUUUUACAAAGUGUGCUAACAAAAUUGAACAGUAAGUAAGAAAACAAGUUGGCUAAGUGGAAUGAAGUAAAAAAAUUUAAAAUCUAGUAAAACUAUUUUUUCUAUUGGUCAGAAAAUGAGAAUGAGAGAAUGAUAAAUUAACUGCUUAAUGCACUCAGGAAUCACAAAUCAAUAUUACCCAAGCACAGAGAAUGGAGAGCUAAAUAAAUGACUUUGAAUGAUUAUAUACAUAACCAGUCUACAAUGUUUUGCAAAUACAUCCACCAUAUAUAUCACUCUAGGUGUGUCUGCGUGGAGUGGACACACCACAAAACCUGCAGUUUCACUAAACACUGCAUAUGUAAAAGCAUCCUAAUUCAUACACUGGCUACUGCUAAUAAAAACUAUAGAAUAAAUAUUAAACUCUGUACUCUAUAAAAUAUUUAAUAUUAUAGUAAUUAUUAAUAGUAUUAUUAGUAUUAUGGAGAUAAAGUUAUAUGAAAGUUACGGAUGUUUUGAGAUUAAACAUGGAAAGACUGGCAUCAUUCUUUUAUUAGCACUCUUACAAUGUGGUUGGGAUUUUUCUUUUUGUUUAAUUGUAAUCAAAGACAACUUUCCUUUCAGAGUAAUACAGUCUUGA